GUCCAGGACUUAUCCACUGCUAGGUCUCAGCCAUUCGCACCUUCCCUGUAACGUCGCACUUAACGGGGAUCAUUGGGUCCGAGUCAACGAUCUGCGCGGCACGUGAUUACACACCAUCUAUAUCUCCAAAAUUUGGCCUCCAACUCCAACUACUUUUUAUCCACCACCAACAUGGCCACCGUCAAGGAAAGAAUUGCAGCUCUCCAGCCAGGCCAGAAGUUCAUCUCCUUCGAGUUCUUUCCUCCCAAAACAGAUGCAGGCUUCCGUAACCUCUUAUCCAGAUUGAACCGGAUGCUGGCCUUGAAUCCGCUCUUCAUCACCGUGACGUGGGGAGCUGGAGGAUCGACCAGCGAGAAGUCGUUGGACUUGGCGUCCACCUGCCAGAACCACCUUGGACUCACUACAGUGUUGCAUUUGACAUGCACCAACACCAAUCGCGAGAUCAUCGACCAAGCACUUGCCAAAGCCAAGCAGGCAGGCAUCAGAAACAUCUUGGCCCUCAGAGGAGACCCUCCCAGAACCCAGGAGUACUGGACCCCCAACUGCGACUUUAACAGUGCUGUGGACUUGGUGAGAUACAUCAAGUCCCACUACGGGGACUAUUUUUGUAUCGGAGUGGCAGGCUACCCGGAAGGACAUGUGGACGGAUCUGGUUCUGGCCAACCAGAGCAGAGUCCAACCAGAGAUAUUCCCUACUUGAUCGAAAAGGUUGAGGCAGGUGCCGACUACAUCAUUUCCCAGUUGUUCUUCGACGGAGCCAAGUUCUUGCAGUACGAACAGCUUCUCAGAUCAUACCCCCAGUUGAAAGAUAUCACCUUGAUCCCAGGGUUGAUGCCUAUCACCACUUACCUGGUGUUCCAAAGAGCCUCCAAAUUGUCACAUGCCUCCAUCCCCAAGGCUGUCGAGGACAGACUCAAGUCGUCGAUCCACAACGACGACUUGAUCAAAAGCAUCGGCAUUGAUAUUGUCACCGAAUUGAUCGACGAAAUCGACUCGAAAACCGAUGGAAGAAUCCAGGGGUACCAUUUCUACUGUUUGAACUUGGAAAAGGCUGUUGCAUCUAUACUACAAAAAUCAUCCAUCUUGAGACCUAUAAUGGAGGCCCCAUCCUCGGGUAUGAACUUAGAAGACGCCAUUGCCUCUGACGAUGAAGAAAAUGACAUUGCGGUGAUCCAAGGGCCCAAGAGAAGACAAUCUUCGAUAGUUAACGAUAACGAAGUGGUCAACGCACAAAGAUCUCUCGUCAGCAAGGCAUUGUUAAACGACAAAAAGCUAUUGGUUGACAUCAGUAGGGGUAAAGGUGCAUUGGGCAAGGACGCCACUUGGGACGAAUUCACCAACGGUAGAUACGGUGACUCUACCUCUCCCGCAUAUGGUGAUUUUGAUGCUUACGGUCCAAACUUAAAGAUCUCAUCUCCACAAGAGGCCAUCAGAAACUGGGGCAGUCCCACCUCCAAAAAGGAUUUGUCCAAGAUUUUCGUCAACUAUUUACUUGGAAAAAUCGAUGUGUUACCAUGGGUCGACACUGGUUUGUCAUCUGAGACCGCUUUGAUCCAGGAGGAACUCUUACAAUUAAAUGAAAGGGGCUGGUUUUCGUUGUCUUCCCAGCCUUCCGUUAAUGGGUGCCCCUCGUCUGACAAGAUCUUUGGAUGGGGUCCUACCAACGGUUUUGUUUAUCAAAAAUCAUUCAUAGAAAUUUUCAUUCCCAAGGAAGAAUGGGAAACAAAAUUACUUCCUAAAUUAGCAAACCACAUUGAAGAGAAAACUAUCACCUACUACUUGGGUGAUGCUACGGGAAACAUCGAGUCGAAUCUCCGCAUCGAUCCAGCAAACCCUCAUAUAAGCAGAAGUGCCAUAACUUGGGGUGUCUUCCCACUGAAGGAGGUAUUACAGCCCACUGUGAUUGACUUCGACUCUUUCAAAGUGUGGAAUGAGGAGGCGUUCAAUUUGUGGCUGGACUGGUCUAAGUGCUUCAAGAAAGACGAAGAAUCCUUCAAGUUUUUGAGUGACAUAAGGCAAAACUACUACUUAGUCAGUAUUGUUUACCACAAUUUCAAGCAGGAGACUGGAUUGUGGGACUUGUUGUUGAAUGAAUAACUAGUACAGAAGUGGAAGCUUUAAGAGCAUUCGGUCGUUGAAACCUCGGAUAUCUUGGAUGUCUUGUUAGAGAAUCCAUGCUUCUGCUUCUAUCAGAUGAUCCACGGUCAAUACCUACUGUAAUAAUACACAUAAUAGCAAAUAACCUUAACAUGGAGGAUGAGUAGACUCAAGUGUAGCACUGGAUUCAAUAAUGUUACACCCUCAAUGAGAAUCCCAUUAACUCGUAAGUGUGCACCACACUUCGAGA